AUGAACCCCACUAUCAGGGAGCUUGUGAAAUUUCGACAUAGUCCAUUGGUUAGGGAUGCUGCAGAAACCAUAACCACAUAUGGUUUUGGUUAUGAUAGUUCUAAUGAUGACUACAAAAUCUUUACGCUAUCUUACGAUUGGCGUGUUGUCGAAACAGAGAGUUAUCCUGCCUUUGUUGAUUCUUUUAGUUGGGGGAUUGGAAUGUGGAGGAGGAUUGUUGAUAAGGAGUGUGUUAUAAUUGCUUUGGAUACUAGCUGCAAGAAAUUUAAGCAACUGUCAUGGCCUGAUACUGAUCAUACUUCUCAUAAGUGUGGCCGCGAGCUUGUAGCUCUUGGUGGAUGUCUAGGAAUGGUUGUGGUACAAUCUAGUCACCGUAUGGAUGUUUGGAUGAUGAUGGAGUACGGUGUUGGAGAAUUUUGGACCAAAUUUAUUGUUACUACACCUGAAAAUGUAUAUGCAUGGGGAUCUAUACGACUGCUGGGGAGUGAUGAUGCCAUUUUGCAGAUGGGUGGUAAGAACCUUGUUGUGCAGAAUUUGAGAGAGAGAACUAUGAGGGAUAUGGAAAUUGCUGGCAUUCAAGACAAGUUUAGAAGAGGAGCAAUAGGCUUUUCCGAGAGCCUUGUGUUGCCUAUUUUCAGCAGUCAGAAAUGGAGAGCGAAAUUACCCUGA